AUGCCGCAAGACGAUAAUAGAACCGAGAAAGCUGACUUCAACGUCAGGCCCCCCAAGUAUUUCAUGCCAAAUAACAAUGAAAAUGUGGCUCGGGCUUGGAAGUUAUGGCUCCAGCAGUUUGAAUGGUACGCAAUAGCCACUCUAUUAGCUGAGAAAAAGCCAGAAGUGCAAGUUGCAGUGUUCAUGUCGUGCAUUGGACCCGAUGCUGCAGUAAUAUACAACACCUUCAAUUUGUCAGAUUCGGAGGCAAAAGUACUUAGCACUGUUAAAGAAAAGUUCACCAACUAUUAUACACCAAAGAUAAACGAAACGUAUGAAAGAUAUAUGUUCAACAUAUUAAAUCAAAAGGAGGGCCAAUCUUUUGACGAAUUUGUUACGGAAUUACGAAGCAAAGUAAAAAAUUGUGGAUAUGGCACCUUAGAAGAGAGUCUUCUACUUAAUACAUUAAGGAAAGAAGAUGAAGAAAAAGAUGAAGAAGGUUUUGUUGUGUCAUCAUUAGAUGUGGAUAGAGAUGUUGAUGUAGAUGACUGGUAUGAGCAAGCAUCCAUGCCAAACAAUGUCACUGUCAAAUUCAAGCUGGAUUCAGAUGCACUGCAAAAAGAAGAUGAUUUGUUUGAAGGUAUAGGCUGCCUAAAGAAAUAUAAAUAUGAUAUUGAUUUGGUUGAUGACCCCAAACUACCCAUAUGCCCGGCACGGAAGAUACCACAUACAAUCAGACAACAAGUGAAAGAAGAACUGGACAAUAUGGUUCAACAGAAGAUAAUCAAACCGGUUAUGAGCUCACUGAUUGCUGAUAUUAAAAAUACGGAAGUAUCAAUGGACGACGUGCUAGUACAUGCUGCCAGUAGAGAAGAGCUAGAAAAGAAUACACAAAAAGUAUUAGAAAAGUUCAGAAAAGCAGGCCUUAAACUAAAUAAAGAAAAGUGUGUAUUCAGCACUCAGGAAGUCAAAUUUCUGGGGCACAUUGUUACAAGUGAAGGUUUAAAACCUGACCCUGAAAAAAUAGAAACCAUCACAAAGAUUAAAAGACCGGAAAAUGUAAAAGAAUUACAAAGAUUCCUCGGACUAAUAACCUAUAUGUCCAAAUUUAUAAAAAAUAUGGCUGAUAUUACCAACCCAUUAAGACAAUUAUUACAAAAAAAUAUAGAAUGGUUUUGGGACCAACCACAGGAAGAGGCUUUCUUGAAGCUAAAAGACCUUCUAAAGAACCCACCUGUUCUUGGAUAUUAUAAUCCCAAAGCACCAAUCUUACUGUCGGUGGAUGCAAGUAGUUACGCCUGUGGAGGAGUUCUAAUUCAAAACGACAAACCAAUUGCUUACUGUGCAAAGUCCUUUACUAAGACAGAACAGGGCUACAGCCAACUAGAAAAGGAAGCCAAUGCAAUACUAGUGGCAUGUAAGAAGUUUCACACAUAUAUUUGGGGCUGCAAAGAUCUGACAAUUGAAUCUGAUCACAAACCUCUAGAGACAAUUUUUAAAAGGCCUCUAACUGAUGCACCACCCAGGCUACAAAGAAUGCUGUACCAAAUAUUACCAUACAAUCCAAAAGUCGUAUAUAAAAAAGGCUCAGAGAUGUAUGUAGCUGACACACUCAGCAGAGACUGUGAAAGCCUGAGCAGUGAAGAUUUAAACCCAGAAAAUUUACAGAUAUGUACAAUAGUACCAUUCACAAAGCCGCGCCGAGAAGAACUGGAAAAUGAAACAGAGAAAUGUGAAGAACUCGCUGAAUUGAAAAAAGUAAUACUAAAAGGAUGGCCUAAAACAAUAGAGGAACUACCUGAGAAUUUGAAAAAAUACUGGUACUACCGAGAAACACUUAGUGUGUACAAUAACAUCAUUUUCAAGAAUGACAGAGUUUUAGUGCCUAAGUCAAUGGUGCCUCUAGUAAUGAAGCACUGUCACUUAAGUCACAAAGGUGUUCAAGGAACCCUAAGACUUGCACGCGAUAAUGUAUUCUGGCCAGACAUGGCAAAGGACCUAACCGAAUACAUCAAAACUUGCAAAGCCUGUGCUAAAAUACAAAAGGACAACCAAAUGGAGCCUAUCGUAAUACAGAGAGCACCAGAGCGGCCCUGGAGUACAGUAGCAACCGACUUAUUCCAUUUAAAAGGGAAAGAUUACAUUGUUAUUACAGACAGCUUCUCAGGCUUCUUUGAUUUCAAGGAAUUGAAUGGUAUAACCAGUACUAACAUAAUAAAAGAAUUAAAGUCAUGGUUUGCACUAUUUGGAAUACCUGAUGUACUAUUGUCGGAUGGAGGUAGUCAAUAUAACUGCCAGGAAUUUAAACUAUUUCAAAAACAAUGGCAAUUUGAGCACAGAAUUUCUAGUCCGCAUUUUCCUCGUUCAAAUGGGCUCGCUGAACGCUAUGUACAAGAGGCGAAGACCCUAAUGAAGAAAUGCAUUGAAGACAACACAGACAUACAAUUGGCACUGCUACAUCACCGGAACACUCCACGUUUAGACCUCGGGUCUCCAGCACAAAGAUUAUUUAACAGACGAACUAAAACAUUGCUGCCAACCAAUGAAAAACUGUUUACACCUAAAGUUGUUAGAAAUAUCACUAAGAAACUAAACAAGAUAAAAGAAAAUGAAAAAAGAAAUGCAGAUAAAGGAAAGAAGGAAAAUAAGGAAUUCAUUAGUAAGGAGAAAGUAAUGCUAAGACAAGGACAUCAACAAUGGGUUCCUGCAGAAAUAGUAAUGCCAGAAGGACAUCGCUCAUAUAGAGUACAGACAGAAGAUGGAGCUAUGUAUAGAAGAAAUGCGUGGCACCUAAAAAACACUGCCACGUCUCUCGACAUUAAUCCCAACUUGUUCGCAGAUUCCCCCACAGCUGUCCAGGAACCUGUGACGAAUAAUCCGUCUGUACCAGCAGCGCCAACUCUUACACAGCAGGCGCCUCCUGAAGAGCAAACGCAGACCAUGCAACCUGCGGCGUUAACCACAGCGCCAGAGUCUGCGCUCACAGCUCCAUCACGCACAACCCGCAGCGGACGCGUGGUGAAGACUCCAAACAAAUACCUGUGA